AUGUCUACCAAGCUCGACAAGUCUCUUGAUGACAUCCUCAACUCCCGCCGCCAGGCGCGUCGCACCAACCAGCGACGCCCAGCGACAAAGGCUGCAAAGGCUGCUCCUGUUGGAGGAGUCAGAAAAUCCACCAGGCAAGCCAAAUCUACUUCCAAAGCCAUACCUACCGGACCUGCCAUGGGAUCAGGAGAGGGCAAAAUCAUCGUGAGCGGCUUGCCCGCCGAUGUGAAUGAAGCGAAUAUCAAGGAAUACUUCCACAAAUCCGCCGGACCAGUCAAGAAGGUCAUGCUUACCUACAACCAGAACGGCACCAGCCGUGGUAUUGCUUCUAUCAUAUUCACCCGCCCUGAGACCGCGAUCAAGGCUGCCAAGGAGCUCAAUGGAUUGUUAAUCGACAAGCGUCCCAUUAAAAUCGAGGUCGUUGUUGAUGCAUCCCGUGCACCCCCAGUCCCAGCAGCCAAGCCUUUGACUGAGCGUGUUGCCCAACCCAAGGCUCAGCCCAAGCCAGCUUCUGCCGGAAAGGCUGGACGAAAGCGAGAUCCUCGUGGACGUACCCAGCGCGGCCGCAACGCUGGUCGCCCGAAAUCAAAGACCACCGAGGAGCUUGAUGCUGAAAUGGAUGGCUACUUUGCUGGUGUACCUGCUAACACCAAUGCUCCCGCUCCUGCGGCCAAUGGAGCUGCACCUCAGCCAGCUGCUAACGGUGAAGACCUCGGAAUGGUGGAUGAGAUCUCUUAA